AUGUUGAAACACGACUCAGACCAACCUGCAGCGUAUGGCUUAUUGAACAAGAUUAACAAAGUGAAACUCAUUGGUGUAGUAAACAUUUUGAAAUGGAUUCUUCCUGUUUUGGCGACCCUUAGCAAAUCCUUCCAGAAAGGCGCUUUUAAUUAUGCCUCAAUUAAGCCCUCAAUCGAUUACAGCAAAGACAAGCUGAAUGACGUCAAGAUCACAGAAGCACCCAUCAAGCAACUUAAGCAAGAUCUUUCAGGAGGUGGUUGUCUUGAGACCCUAACUGGUGUGCACUGAAGUAAAGCCAAAGAUCAACAGGGACUUCUCCAGAAAUACAUCAAAGCCCUUGUCAAGAACAUCGACAAGAGGUUUAAGUCUCCUCUGCCAGUACUCAGGGCAUUUUCAGCAUUUGAUCCCAUGCUGAUACCAAGCAAGCAAAGUCUUGCAUUCCAUUGCCACGGAGAUGCAGAAGUUAAGGUUCUAGCUGACCAUUUCUUUGAUGAAAGCGAGGCAGACGAAUUUAAAACGGAAUGGAAGAAGCUAAAGUACGAUUUGCUGUCAUGGAAAGAACACACCUAGUGGAUGACAAGAAAGACACACCUACUGAGUGGUCGCUUAAAAGAGUCACGGCCAUGAAUUGGGCAACAUUUUGACAGUUCUAUCCGAGAUCUGCUCAGGAAGCAGAAGCAGCACUGGCAAUCCCAAUGUCUAAUGCUUGCCUGGAGAGAGGGGCAAGUCAGUUGAAAUUGGUCAAGAAUAGGAUAAAAAGUCAGAUUAAGAACGACUUACUUCCCUCUCUCCUUCAUAUCUCUAUCAAUGGCCGUUCCACAUACAGAAGCUUUUGUUUCUUUGGUCAGCAAAGCUGUGGACAUGUGGAAAGAUGCAAAAAAGAGAAGAAAACUUCCAUACCACAAGCACACAGCCAGAAGCCAGCAGUGAAAUUGAGCCUGUCACUCCCACCACGAUCGUACAAGAUAUAGGGACACAGACAGAUGCAACAUCAACCACUGAGCUGCAGAACAUCCAAGAGGAGUAUGAAAAGGCAAUAAGUCUUCUUAAUCUCGGAGACAUGGUUGAGGAAAAGCUAGACUCUCUCGAAGCUUUUACUAAAAGCGUGGAGAGUGAUGACAGUGAAGACAGUGGAGUCGAUGAAUAG